UUUUUUCUUUUUUUUUUUUUUUUUUUUUUUUUUUUUUUACUACUACAGAGAUGGCUGCGAAAGUGUGCAGAUCGGUACUCCUGUUGUCCCGGAGCAGCGGAACGGCGGCCGGCAGCCUCCCCGUAGUUGUCUCUUCUUCACAACGGCACCAACAACACAUAAGACCGGAGGUGCUGCCUGCUACUUUCACCCGUCAGACUGUCAGGAGAGCUCAUGGUAUACGGUCAGCAGCCCACUCCACGCUCUUCACCCAGACCACCACUGCCCUGUCUCCACAGGUUUGGAAGAGCGCCCCCUCAUGGCCUGGGCAGAGACUGUUUUGUUCCUCCGCUGCUCCACAGGAGGUGACGGUGGUGUAUCAGAAUGGUCUGCCUGUGAUCUCGGUCAGUUUGCCGUCCAGGCGGGAGCGCUGCCAGUUCACCCUGAAGCCUCUGAGCGACUGUGUGGGCGUUUUCCUGCAGCAGCUGCAGGCGGAGGACAGAGGCAUCGACCGUGUGGCCAUCUACUCCAUGGACGGAGCGAGGAUCGCCUCCUCCACUGGCAUAGACAUCCUGUUGAUGGAUGACUUUAAGCUCGUCAUCAACGACACCACUCAUAUUGUGCGACCACCAAGGAGAGAGAUCCUGCCCCACGAGGAGGCCGAGAGGCUAAAUGACGUUAAGUUUCUGGUGCAGCAGCUCUACACCACACUGCGCAUCGAGGAGCACCAGCUCAGCAAAGAGCGGGAGCUGAUUGGACGACUGGAGGACCUCAACUCUCAGCUGCGCCCCCUAGAGAAGGUGAGAGAGGAGCUGAGCAAGAAGGCGGCGCGCCGCACCACCUGGGUGCUGUGGGGCGGCAUGGCGUACAUGGCGACGCAGUUUGGCAUCCUGGCCAGGCUGACCUGGUGGGAAUACUCCUGGGAUAUCAUGGAGCCCGUCACCUACUUCAUCACUUAUGGCACUGCGAUGGCAAUGUAUGCCUACUUUGUGCUUACACGUCAGGAAUAUGUUUAUCCUGACGCUAGAGAUAGACAGUAUCUGCUGUUCUUCCACAAGGGGGUAAAGAGGACACGCUUUGACGUAGAGAAGUACAACAAGCUGAAGGAUGACAUCGCUGAGGUGGAGCUGGACCUGAAGCGCCUAAGGGAUCCGCUCCAGCUCCAGCUCCCGAUUCAGCAGCUGCCCAGCGACAAAAAUUGAUGGCAAGCGUGACUCCCCUCAUCUCUGAUCUCCUGGAACCGACCCUCUUUCUUCCCCUUCCCCCCUCUGGUGUCUGAUAACCCCCUCUAUACCCCUCCUAUCCUCCUCUCCUUCUUUACCUGUCCCUUUGUUUAUUGUGGAAGGUUGUUUCUUUUUCUUUCCUGGCUAAAAUCUAUAGUUGGAAUUUGAGAAUGCCUCAAACUGAAGACUUCUCACAGCUGAAGGAUGAAGAGGAAGACGAAGACGGUGAAGAUUAUCAAAGCAAAUUGGAUUAGCCUCAAACUCUGGAGGGGCGACCUGCCGGUAAACCGCAGGGAUGAAUGUGAAUUCGCUUGCUUGUAAGCACUCUGAGAUAGGGAACAUGGCGAGGAGCAGCCUUUGUUGAGUCAGUGUGUGUGUGUGUGUUGAAGAGGGAUCACCAAACGCGACGGUAAACACACACGCGCGCGCACUCUUCCUCCCGGCCUGUGCAGGCUCAAGAGACAAGUUUACAGGAAGUUCUGACUGCAGUCGCACCAUCAUGGAGACUCUAGUUUCCCUGCGUUCGAACUCUGCCGCCUCCCCUCCCUCUCCGUCGAGCCGCGCCUCCUCCAGGUGACGGGCAGCUUCCCUUCGUCAGGAGCAUCUGUAUCUCUGCAGGAAGCAGGAACGCCUCGUUUUCUCUUCCUGUUGAUGUCCUGUAAGCGGCUUGGCAUCCGCAAGUCAGAGAGUCCUACCGACAACAACAUCACUGUGUGUUCUUUUAUUCCAAAAAAAAAAAAAAAAAAAAGUUAAUAUUUUGGCACUUUUUAUUUUGAAAGCCAUAAUAUAUUUGUUAUGACAAAAAUAUGGGUAUAUAUGUAUACAAUCAAACAAAUGACCAGAGGCUAGUUUUUUUUCCCCUUUGUUUUCCAGUGGGGGGAGGAGCUCUCCGACAAACAUUAAAAAAAAUAAAAAAUCAUUGGUACCUCCUAAAAGGACUCUACUAACAACAGCAUUACACUGUAUUCAAGAAAUACCUUGUACUAAUAGCUUUGUACAUUUUCAUGACAAGUGCACAAUAUAUAUGCGGCGUUCAUUUUCAAGAGAAGAGCUCCUGUGCAUGGUCUCUGAGAGGGAGGAAGCAACUCUGAAGCCAGAUCAGGGUGAAAAAUGGCUUUAACUACAAAAUAAAUGUAUUUCUCAGCAAUGUGAAUAAUGCUGUGCUUUAUCUCUUUAACCAACCAUUGCUGCAGAGUAUUGUGCAAUAUCUUCAAUAAAGUUGAAGAAAAACUUGCCCUUAUGUUGGAGUAUAACCUAAUUCGAUUCAUGCAAAAUAAAUAAAUAAAAUUUCAUCCUAAGAUGAUACGGAAUAAAGUCAGAGUUUUCUCCUCCCACUGCUGCUGUAAUGGCCUCCCCCCCUGCUCUCAGUGACAAGGCAGGGUAGACUGCAUGCUGUGGUAUGGCCUCAGUAGAAACUUGUGAACGUGUAGGAGCAUUAUAGCAAUUUUGUACUUAAUUGGGCACCUUCUUUACACGCAUCCUUUUGACGUCCAUCAGCAUCUCCAUGAAGUUUUGCAACACACUGUUAAUUCAAACCAUAUCUUGAUUUUUCUUUAGGCAUGGGCUUGUAUGAGAUUCUCGCUGCAGGAAAACAUCGGACAAAAUGCUGUGACUUUACUGUGUUGGGCUGAACUUAUCAAAUGACCUAAUCUUGUUGAUUUAAAACGGAAAAUUGAUCCUGCUACACCAAAAAUGUAAAUAAAUGCAAGUAUUACAAUUUUGUUAAAGAUUUUGCAAGCAUAUAUAACCCCUCACUAAAUUUCAAAGUUAUUUUAUAACUGCUUUAUGCAAAAUGCUACACAUUUUUGCCACUUUUCUGUCUAUCACCGAUCACGCUUUUCCGUGCAGAUGUUAAUUUUUAUUUACAUUUGACUUAACACUGACUUUAAUCAGAAGGUUAGUCUUCAAUUGAACAGAAAAAAUAAGGAGUUACAAGAUUAUCACCAUCUAAGCAUAUGACUAUCCUUUUAUCAAACAUUUUAUUUACUCAAAAAAACUGCAUCAGAAUAUGUUCUCUUCCCUGAUGAACCCAAAUGAUGGGAUUUCUUGGUUUUGAUCCAAUAAAUAAUCAGAUUUUCAGUAUUUAGAGGAAAAUUGGUCAGACCGGUUUAAUUUGUCAGAUUAAAUGUCGUUAAUAAGUCGAUCUUCUCAAGUCAGUAGCAGACAGAGACCAGCAGGUGGCACUGCUUCAGGUUUCAGAACUAUUUCCAAAAAGUCAAAUUUGUCUUUUGCUUCAGCCAGCUGAGUGGUGGUGUGCAGCAUUGAGCUAGUCUAUGCUCCAUAACACCUGGAAAAGCAAAAUAUUACUGGAAAGCCUCUCAAAAAAAAAAAAGAUUUAGUCUGUAGGGAACGAUAUGACAAUUUUAGCACUGUUGAAAAGGUAACUUUUAAAACUCUUGGUACCGGUAGCCGGCCCAUGCCUAAAGCUUUUUUGCAAAUGUUUACUCCAUGAACUUCUUUCAGAACGGCAGAGUUUUCUAUUCAGGGUCCGGUUUGUCGGCCCCAGCAGGGGUCUCGGCAUUUCGCUCCCUUCACCAUUUUAUCCCUUCAUACUUUCAGUCGUUUGGUACCAUCUGCCAUUAGAUGGGGCCCUCUAGGACAUUUCUUACCUGCUCAUGUUCUACUGGUUGUCUGACUCCAAUAAUUGAAAUCCACCAGCAGAUGGCUGAUCAGAGUUAUCUUGCUUUGAUUAGGAGUCAAACUCUGUUCUUUUUCAUAUGAGUGAACUGGUUCAAAAAGGGAUCAGAACCUAAAUGAGAGGAAAUAUGGUGUAAUUAGAAGUUUUCACAAAAUAUAUAAAAUCAUCUGUGAGAUUUGACUGUUAUAUGCGCGUUUAUCUCUAUAAUUCAUGUAAAUACUUUGUGAAGUGAUAAAAAAAAUUGUUUUUUUUGGCAUGAAGAAAUGGCUUGAGUAACUCUUCACAGGAAUAUUGGAUGCGAAUUGACAAAAGUACAAAGUGAGCCCCCUAGUGGUCCAAAGCCCAUUUUUUUGAUCAUUUCUUUUUGCUCCAAAGACAAAGCCAGUUGUUUUGACUCUGAGCUGCCGUCACUCGGCCUGUGCAGCGGGGAGGCGCCGUCCCCCAACAUCCUCCUGCAUGGAGUUCAGGACCAUCCUGAGCUCGAGUCCUGCUGGGGAGCGGAUCUUUCAUAUUAAAGUGCAUGCUUUGGGCUCGAAUCAUUAAUUAGCCUUGCAAAUCUAAAGACAGGAUAGAGCCUUAUCUGGUGCAUUGUGUGUGUUUGUUUGUGUGUGUUAUUGCUUAGAGAAAUUGUGCCUUUUGGAUAAUAAAUGACGUAAUCUGUGUUGAGAUCUUGGACUUAAAUGUUAGGCAGAUUCAGAGACAAAGAAAGGCAGAAACGGGUUUGUUUGCGAAGUGGAAAUACAUUUUUAAAUGUUUAAAUGGUGCAAAAAUUUAAGAAGGUUUCUGCAUCUGUGAUUCUUUUGCUGCUUGUCAGUACAAGUAAUAGUUGAUGUUUCCUGAAUAUAUCUGCUUUCACACACAAUACACUCAGAUCCUGUAAUAGUUGGCUGUUUGUGGUCUGGUUCCUCCCCUCUGCUGUCUCUUUGUCCGUCAUCACUUUCUCCGUGUUUUUUUUUGUUUGUUCAAAUCAUACCAUGCACCGUUUACUGCCUUUUGUUUGUCUUUAUUUUUUUCUAAACAAACUAUAUCAAUUAUAGGGAAACUUAUGCUAAAGAGGGUGUUGCAUGAAUGUAUGUUUACAUGGAAACUUAUCUAAAAAGAAAAAAAAAGAUGAUUUAUUCAAAUACGUGCAAAGAUAAUUUAAGGAACGUCGUUUGUAGAGAUUCCUAGUUGUAAAAAGGGACAGCAGGCGGUUCUGCGUCUUUAAAGUCCAGCCUGCCAGACGUCAUCCAAGUCCCAGCCAACCAACUGCUUAAAUCCAGUCCAUUUUUUAUCUUAUGUAUUCCCAGUAUCCUGGUCCUGACUGUGUGUCCUCGUUCUCCGAUAAGUGAAAAGUCCCAACAACGAAGGCCUGAGAGCCUCUGUGCUAAAAGAGAGGCGUCAGUUUAUUGCUUUAAAAUCAUCUGGGAGCACCUCCGACUUUUCUUUUCACCCAUCCUCGCCUUUGUUUUCUCCAAAGUAUCAUCAUUACUCUACAUUUUUUGAUGUGCGUUGAGCUUCAGAUUUUUGUGAUUGAUUUUGUUUGGACAUGCUUAAGAUUGAAGCAGAACAUAGGAUUGAAUGGAUCAUGUACUUCAUUCGGACCUAUUCUACUCUGUUGUUUUUGUUUGCUUCAGUUGACAUGAUGCUGUAAUGUUGGCGAAACAAAAAAUAAAUAAAUAAAGAAAGAAAGAAAAUGUAAAAUCCUGUAUCAUUUAUGAAAUAUGUAUAAAAGAGAAAUGUAAUUCAAUUAUCAAUAAAAUCCUUAUCCAGGUUUUGGAGCUAAUGGUC